CAACAACAACAACAUCGAAAACUGACAAACACAAUUUCAGUAAAAGGUGCGCCUUAAAAGAUGGCAGCUCCCACAUCGCCUGCAGGAAGUAACGGUUCUGGAGCAGGAAUAGGACCAGGACCCGGGACAGGACUAAAAGCCAGUGGCGGCCAGUGCACGGAAAUUGGAAACAACGGCUCGGACAACGGCAUCGAAAUGCUCAAGGCACUGUACGACUUCCAGGCGGUCUACCCGAAGACCAUCAGCUUCGAUGAGGGCGAGUACUUCAUCCUCUACCAGACCUCCGCCCGCCAGCGCAAUUGGUGGCAGGUGGUCAGCAUGAAGGGCAACAUCGGGUUUGUGCCCUCGAAUUACGUAAUGAAGAUUAAGGUGGAGCACGACUUCCUCAUCAGUUUCCUCAACUCCUCCAUUGAGUCGCUGGAGAAGUGCACGGAGCACGAGAUCAAUGGCAUCAUGUCCAAGGACGAGCUGUUGGACAGACUGCGCGAGAAGAAGCACACCAUGGAGCGGCUAUAUGCGGAGAGCUCUGAACGCGACGGCGACUCCUCGCUGUCCUACUCGCACAGCUACAGCGACAAGGGCAGCCACCGGCACUCGCAUCCCCAUCCCAAUCCCCACCAGCAAUCACAUUCCCAGCGCCGCCAGCACAGCCCCCCGCCGCAAAGCAGCGGCGGCUCCCAACGCCUCGAUAUGAGCAAGAAGAGCAUGUCCAGUCCGGCGGUGGGCAUGGUGGAGUCGCCCAGCACCGGCAGCAUCCAGUUCCAGGCCAGCAGCUCCGUAUCCGGCAGCUGCACCAUUCAGACGCCUCAGCAGCAACAGCCGCUCCCCGCUCCGCCGCCAGCGGUCCCGGCAGCAAGCAAAUCCAACGCCGAUGUGGCCCAGGACAACAGCAUCACGUCGGAGCCCUCGGAAACGACCACAACCACCACCACGACCAGUGAGGACGUGGUGACCACUUACAAGGAGACCAGCCAGCCGAGCACGAGCCAGCACAAGGCGCAGAAUGGAAGUACUGCCUCUGUCUCCGCCUCGGUGUCCGCGUCCGCCUCGGCCUCGGCCCUGCGGAGCGGCAGUAUCGGGAACGGCAGUGGCAACCGGAGGGGCAGUAACGGUGGCCUGGGCAACGACCUGCAGCCGGACGAGGCGGCGGCGGACAAGUCGGAAGACGUUAGUGACGCCUGCCAGGCGAACGGAGACAGUGCGGAGAACAGCCAGGCGCUAGACAGCAUCGAGAGUUCGUCGAUGCCGCGGCAACGGAGUCUGGGCGGCCGGAGCGGCGAGGAGGGUGCCGCCGGAGCAGCGGGAGGUGGGCAGCUGAAGGUGGAGUCCUCGGAUGUGUAUCAGAUCGUUGACGCCCUGCGGCGGAACACGAACCUCAGCUUCGACCUCUCCUGCGAGGCAUUGCGCGUGGUGCUGACCAGCCUGGAGCAGCUAUACAAUGGCGCCAUCAAUCCCUACUUGGAGGCGGUGGCGGUUCACGUCACCGGCAAGGUGGCCACGCCCAAGGAGCUGCUCGGCAUCACGCACGAUGCCAAACGGCUGCAGUACCUCUUCGCCCAGCUGGCCGACUGCAAGAACGAUACGGAGCAGCGCACCUGGAUGCUCUACGAAGACGAGGAGGACAUCAUCCAGUUCCUAGAAGAGCUGGUCGAGAUUCUGAACAAUGCUGAUGAGAAUAUAAGCUGCUACGAGAUGUCCUGCGACCAGUACCAGAUGUUCAUCAACCUGGUCCAAUACUACCAGAUGGAGACGCGCUGGUCCAUCAAGAAGCUGCUGCUGAAGACCUUCACUGCCGCCUGUCAUCUGGACUACAUCAUCGUGGACAUUCUGCUGACCUCAGUGCUGCCUCUGGAAAUUGUUGAGGACAUGAAGACCCACUUCUCCAACCUGGAUCGCUUCAAGCAGCUUGUCAAGAUGCUGACCAUUAUAUUCUCGCUCGGCCAGCCCAUGCCAGUCAACCAUCAAGACUACUUGGGCGUGCACUUUGCCAGCUUCCUGCUGGAAAUCGUGGAAGGCAACAACCCGGAGCUGCUGGUGGACAUGGUCAUUGCCCUGAUACUGGCCUUCAACCAGCAGUUCAGCGAGCACACAUUCAACGUCAUCAUCGAGGCGAUGCAGAACCUGCCCUCCGCCAAGGUCUUCACCGAGAAACUACUGCUCCUGCUCAACCGUGAGGAUGACCCCACACGCCUGCUGAAGCAUCCCAACGAGCACAUGAACACGGUGCUCCGCAUGUUCAUCGACAUUUUCAGUCAUUCGGAUACGGCGGGAAUGUUCUACACGAACGACAUCAAGGUCCUGAUCGAUAUUGUGGUGCGGCAGUUGUCCGACUUGGAUGCCGGCAGUACGGUAGGUAUCGAGGACAAGAGGCCAUCUAGAAGGCACACAAGUGAUAUGUUCCUUUUUCAGACGCGACCCUGCUACCUGGAGCUGUGCCGGCGCAUUCUGCGGAACACCAACUACCAGGAGCAUCAGCAUCGCAAGCACGACCUCAUGAAGAUCUUCACGCGCAUCUUCUGCGAGGAGACGGAGUGCAGUGCCUCCGACCAGCAGCUGGUCCGGGAGAUAGCCAACGAGUUCCCGCAGCUGUUCAAGGCCUAAGCCAACCAGAGCCAACCAGAGCCGAAUCCAAACCAGAAAUCAAACCAAAAAUCCAGAUCCCGUCAGACCGGGAUGAUCAAAAUUAUAAAGCGUAAUGCUAGUGAGGCGAGCCGGAAAAGCGAGCCAACCGUAAAGUCUUAACUUCAACUUUGAUCAGCGAAUUGUUAUGCAUUUGUUCAGCCUCUC